UUUUCUUUGAUACAUAUAUUAUAUAGAAACACAAAAACAUGAUAAAUUAGCAAAUAUAUACUAUUAGAUGAAAUCUGAAUAUUGGAAUCGACCAUGUUGGACAAAAAAACAAAAAAUCUUGUAAUUAUAGAAAUCAACAAUUCCUUCAUUUCAGGUCGUCAUCGUAGAAUCGUGUGAUUGUAAUUGUUUGAACUCAGUCACACCUUGGAGCUUUUACUUUUUCGUCGGCCUUCUUGUUGCCACAAAGUUCUUCCCGAGUCUCCUACAUAAACAUCAGUCUCAACGCUAAAAAUCUAUACAAAACCACCCCUCUUGGAAACAAAAAUAGAAAAUCAAUCCAAAACAAUGUAUUCGUCAUCAUCUAUAUCAAAACGCUUUGUUCUUUACCUUACCGUCGUCGUGGUGACCACACAACUCCUCCUUGUACACAGCGUUUCUUCACUCAACCUUACCAAUUCGUAUCUCCACCACAAAUGCUUAGUCAGUCUAGGGAAAUACAAGCCGGGAAGCGAGUACGAGAAAUCCCUCGAUGAUAUCAUCCAAAGCUUUUCAAAUAAAGAUAAAAAUUCGUAUGGGUUUCGUACUGGUUUCAGCAUGAAGGCCUACGGUAAAGAACCUGAUAUGGUCGCCAUCACUUACCAGUGCCGUGUCGACUCUCGCGGGCCCAAGUGCCAGUCCUGCGUUGUCACCGCCGGUUAUGAGCUUCUUCGUAAGAGAUGUCCGAGAAUUUAAUUAGAUUAAAUCGAAAUUAUGAUAUUUUCAUACCUAUAGCUUACCAAAGAAGUUUAAUUUUCAAUU